UAAUGGUAGGUUGAAUUGUAAUUAUUCAAAAAAAGAAAACUAAAAUUUAAAAUAUAUAUUAGAAUCUUGGUCAUGGAUCAAUGGUCGAGCUUUAUCAGAAUAUACAUAUUAUACAGAAGAAGAUUUAUGUGAAGAUCGUUUACCAGUUGAACCACGUCAUCGUUCAUGUGGAAUUCUCGAUCGUGCUCGUCGAGGAAGAUUAUGUAUGAAUGUUGAUGUAUGUGAUAGAAAAUUAAAUUUUAUUUGUGAAAAAGGUUUGAUUAUUAAUAAAUAG